GAAUUAUAUCACGAAUCCAGUUUUACAGACAUUAAAUUAAUUAUUGGUGAUCGCAGUUUCUUAUGCCAUCGAAUAGUUUUAGCUGCAUGUAGUGAAUAUUUUUGCACUAUGUUUACGAGUGAUUUUAAAGAAAAGAACGAAGCAGAAGUGAACCUAGUAGAGAUUGAUCCUGUGAUAGCCUCUCUCGUUAUCAAGUACAUUUAUGGUCAUGAAUUGGAAUUGACACUAAUGGAAUUAUCGCGUGUUCAGGCGAUUUACACACUAGCUUUGCAAUGGACAAUCAGGGAAUUACAGAAGCAAUGUCAUGAUUGCUUUAUUGCCAUCAUGAAUGCCAAAAAUUGCUGUCAACUAGCAACUUUUGCCGAUUAUUAUCAUGCACCAAAUUUACGUGAUGAAAUUCUAGUUUAUAUCAGGGAAAAUUUCUCCGGAUGUAUAAAGGCUAAAUCGAUCAAAGAUCUUUCCUAUAAUUUACUUAUUAAAUUAAUACAAUGUGAUUAUCUUAAUGUGACAGAUGAAGAUUCUCUACUAGAAUCCAUCAGUAUCUGGAUUGAUUCAGAUAGAUCACAGAAGAAAAGAUAUAUCAUAUCUUUGUUAAGUAGCUUACGCUUACCUUAU